AUGUCGUCCCUGUCCAACCUGCUCGGCGACAAGACGUGGGUCCUCCCCCUCGCGGACGGCUUCGACGGGACCCUCACCAUCGGUUGGACCUUCGUUUUGCUGGCAUACUUCUUGCAUCCGGCCAUUGAGUGGGCGUUCCACAGGCUGCGCGCCUACCGUGCGUGGCGGUGCAUCCAGAAGCGCCAGGCUGUAGAGGUCACCAGCUACAACCUGAUGGCCGAGGUCUUCGGGGGGCGCGGCAGCUGGGAUUCCGCUCGCAACAUCGCGGUGAUCCUGGCGGUGUUCUCCCUGGCGUCGUGGGGCCUGGAGCUGUCGAUGGACCUGGCGUCCCUAGAGGGCGAGGCCGAUCUCCUAAACCGGCCACCGCCGGUGUUCCUGAGGCCCGAAACGAACGACACCAACACUGACCCUUGGCAGGUCCUAACCCUGAGUGACAUAGAUCCUGACUACAACGGUAACUGGCGGGGCUUGGAGCACUUGAACGUCGAAGACACGCACGCCAACUCCAGGUACUACAUCGUGAAGGACACCAGGGAUUACCUCGGGAAAACGGCAAAGGAUACUUUCAUCAACGGCGAGAUUCUGGUCGCCAGCUGGGACGACAAACCGAGCCUGUUCUACGACAUCAACGGCGCCAACGUCGACAGCCUCGAGUGCUCCGGGGAGACCCUGAAGGACGCAGAGGUCUACCUCGGGACCGAUUUGUGGGGCAACGCGCUCGACUGCGAGCGGGGACCUAGGCCCACCGGCUUGACGACCAGCCCGCCAGCGGUCGUCCUCACCAACGGCGACUCCGGACUGGUGAGCGUCAUCGUCGAGGAGAGCAGCAGCUACCCCACCUUCCUCUAUUCCGUCUGGACGGCCGAAGGCUCGGACUCGGUCGAGCUCGCCUACCUGUUCCACGUCCAUUCCACCGUGCGGCUUGUCGAGGCCGUCAUCACCGGGAUCGUGCACGGAGAGACGGAGGGCGGCGCGUGCUUCGGCCUGCUCAGGGUGUUCAGCGAGACCCGCGUGGAGUACGAAGACGGCCUCGAUCGGGCCUCUCCCUUUGGCGAGAUCCCCACCGGGGACACCGUCCUGGUGCAGGACCUGGAGACCAUUGAGGCCGGCGUAGAGAUCAACAUGAACGCGCUUGUCUGCCUCUUGUGGGUGAUGGCCUCCACCGCGGUGUGCGUCGUCUGGCUCAUCUGUCUCCGCAACUCCAUCGGCAUGGACGUCUACGACAGGGACGAGCUCCUCCGCGCUGUAUCCCUCCAGGGGCACGCGUCGAGAGACCCCGCGGCCGAGCACCCCGCGAUCCGCAUCUUCGUGCGGAGGGAAGACAGCGGCCACAUCACCGUCUUCAUCAACGACAGCCACGACAAGGAGCAGAGGGCCUGGGAGCGUUUCCUCCGGCGCCGCACUUCCAAGGUGGUGGAGGGCGACGACCGCUUGCCUGCUGGGGGGGAUGCCGACGCCGCCCUGUCCGACGACAAGUUCGGUGGCGCGACCGUGCCCGUGAAGAACACCGUGUCCCUGGGGGGCUUUCAGGCCGACCACAAUACGCACGACGUGUCGUCGGCUGGAACUCCGGCCCGCUCGGGCAUUAGAUCGCUGGCGGUAACCCCCGUGCGCGACACCAUCUGCCGGAAUCCGAGGCCUAAUCCUUUCGAGGGCAUGGACUCGCCCGCCAGCGGUAGCGACGGUGGGCGGUAGCGGUAGCGGCAUCGUGGAGGAUCGGGGUUGACAGCGGGAAUAAGAAACGGCUAGGGCCCCAACGUUCGGCACGUCGGGUGCCUCGAAGUGGCCGUCGACGCUGCUUCCGCGAGAAUUCGUCACGCUUCGCAAACUCUACCCGGACGUCGCAAGAAAAGACGACAAACACAAACAACUCCACCGGGGUCAUGCGUUGGGGAAAGGGAGGCUUCGGGGAAAUGAGGGGGGUAUCCGUGGCCGGUCAUCCUCGACAUAUUGAGACGACUGCUGAUCACGCAUUGCCGUCGCCAAGCCUUCAGGAGUUGAUCGCAACACCGGCGGGCAAACCCGUAACAUCGUAAAUAUUGGGCAGCUGCAGCUUUGAGAGCUCUUGUGCCCAACGUCGACACCUUUGGUGGGUACUGUAGAGGGGGGUGUCUCUUGGUUCGUUUCCUCGUGAAACGAUGUUGCUGCAGGGUAAAGGUUCUUUGCACGUGCGAUCGAAUAUUAUCACCUCUCGUUCAAAACAUCUUCUGGUUUCUUUUUGCAUGGAGGAAGCACAUGGCGGCACUUUCUGAAUUUUGGCAUCAUUCUACUCUUUUUAUUACGGCUAGACGCGGGCUCCGCCUAAUCGACGACCGACCCUGGUGCGUUUGGACUAGGAGAGUCAUUGAUGCCUGUGAUGACAUUGGUGGCGUUGUUUAGACGAAAGGGCGCCGCCGGGAGGAGGCGACUUGGGGACACAAGAACGGUGCAAUGGGUGCGUAUCCAUAGCAGUUAUUUGUAGUCGAAGGUCGUUUUCAUAGCGUAGAAAAUUUGGUGUGCAUUUCCAGAAGUAAGUGGAGAGGUCUGUCGGAGUAGUUGACAGAGGAAGACGAAUCUGACGUCGAGGGCUUUCUGGGGAGAUCGGCACAUAUGUUGGUCAAUAUCCCACACACAAGUUGAGAUUGAUCAGCAGAUCGAAACAUGGAUGGAAAGUUUCCUCUUCCGAUUCCGCCACUAGCGGUCCGUCCUGAAUUUAUUUUGUUGACGACGAGUCUCGAGACUGGAGCUGGGGCCAUCAAUACUUUAUUGCCGGGGUCAAUUACACUGAGUCGUUCCUUUCAUUGGCGAGUUGCCACUAUCGGGAGGUAUGUAGUGGUUCAGUCGGGCGAUAAUUAACAUUUUGUACUUCGUGCUUGUUGUGUAUACCUACCGUAUUCGCCCCUGGUGUCUACCACCACACAACAGUACACACUUCAAACUUCAACUUUCUGGAUUGCAAAUUGCAAGUGGGGUUCUUGGAAACGUUGGCAGUGAUGAAGCAAAUAGCUGCGGCACACCGCUGCAGCUGCCGUCUCGCUUUUU